ACUUCUUUCCUUAGAUCUAAUUAAGGACUUUAAUUAUCCCUUUAAUUAAAGUCAGCUUUCUCUAAUGGCUUCUUUAAAGAUUAAUGCUAUUGUUUUGUUUAUCUUUGUGAGCUUACUAAUUGGAAAUUCAUCAGCUCAACUUUCAACUGGUUUCUACUCAAAAUCUUGUCCUAAACUUUAUCAAACUGUGAAAUCUGCAGUGCAAUCUGCUAUUAAGAAGGAAACUCGAAUGGGUGCUUCUCUUCUUCGUCUAUUCUUCCAUGAUUGCUUCGUCAAUGGAUGCGAUGGAUCGUUACUCCUUGAUGACACAUCAAGCUUCACAGGAGAGAAAAGGGCUGCUCCAAAUGUCAAUUCUGCUAGAGGAUUUGAAGUUAUUGACAAUAUCAAAUCUGCUGUUGAGAAAGUGUGCCCUGGUGUUGUUUCUUGUGCUGAUAUUUUGGCCGUUACAGCUCGGGACUCUGUUGUUAUUCUUGGAGGCCCCAAUUGGAAUGUAAAAUUGGGCAGAAGAGAUGCUAGAACAGCAAGUCAAGCUGCUGCAAAUAGAAGCAUUCCUCCUCCAACUUCUAACCUUAAUAGACUCAUUUCUAGUUUCAGUGCGGUUGGCCUUUCCACUAAGGAUAUGGUUGCCUUAUCUGGGGCACACACAAUUGGACAAGCAAGAUGCACAACAUUUAGGGCACGUAUAUACAACGAGACCAAUAACUUAGAUGCAUCAUUUGCAAGAACUAGACAAAGCAACUGCCCAAGAAGUUCAGGUUCAGGGGACAACAGUUUAGCACCACUUGAUCUUCAAACUCCUAACAAAUUUGACAACAAUUAUUUCAAGAAUCUUGUUAACAAAAAGGGUAUUCUUCACUCUGAUCAGCAACUCUUUAAUGGUGGAUCUGCCGAUUCGAUUGUGACAUCUUACAGUAACAAUCCUCGCAGUUUUAGCUCUGAUUUUGUUACUGCUAUGAUUAAGAUGGGUGAUAUUCGUCCCCUUACUGGUUCUAAUGGAGAGAUUAGGAAGAACUGCGGUAGGAUCAAUUAAUGUUGAUUAGCAUAUUUUUUUUGUGUGUGUGUGUGUGAACUUUCCCUUGUGGACCGGGUAAGGUUAAUUUUUGUGUGUGUGUGAACUGCAAACUUUGAGACUUCUUUAUAUAUUUUUACAAUUUUUUACUUUCCUUUUAAGUUUCUUGCUUAAUAUGCAGGCUCAAAUGUAUGUUACUCUGUUAAAGCUUCAAAGCACAACUUUUUCUAGAGUUAAGGACUGUAUUUGUAUCAUUAUUGGAAUA